AUGGGUAUAUUCAACAUACAAACUCGGCCAAGAGAAAAUCAUGAGGUUCAGCAAAUUUACCUCUCGUUCUGGGAAAAACAAGCCCGAUUCACCAACACGUCCUCGAAAGCGGCUCGGAACAAAGGCGCCUCAGACCACGAAAAUCCCACUCUCAGAUGGUGCUCAAAUCACCAGAAAGAAGGCCCUCAGCCCGAGAAAUCUCCAAACGGCGGCUGGUCAAACACCCGGUCACUGCUCUGGCGGCUGAACGGCGUGACGGGCGGAAGUUGGCGGGCUGGUCAAACGUGGUCGGGGUUCGCUGGUGGUUCUACGGCGAUGGUUGACUGUCGGGGCGCGGCUGUUCACGACGGCGGCUCCCCCUGGACGGCUCGCGAGCGGUUUGCGCGUCUCCCGACAGAAAUUGGCUGCCCUCGGCGUCGGUCGAACGUGGCAGCGGCCCCACUUCGCUGGUCUCCGACGGCGUCGCCGGCGUGGCAUACGCGGCUGCCGCUCGUGGUCAGGGACGGCAGGGUUCUCGGUUGCUUGAGGAGGCGUCGUCGGAAUCGCUCAGCAGCACAAGGUCGUUUCAGUCGCGCGCUAAUCUCGCCGGAAGAGCUGAAGCUUCAGGUCGCCGGAAUUGUUGCUGGGCUGCGACGUAGGAAGGAUGAGGCUCGCUGUUGCUGCUCGUUUCCGCCGAGAAGGGAGAGAGACGAGGGGAAUUUUGAGCAACAAAAACUCGAAAGGUUAAAAAGGCUCAAACAAAAUUUCAUUUGCCACAGUACACCAUUAUUUAAGGAGCGGCUUGCUGCACUAGAAGAAUGUCGAGAUCUUGGACAAGGUUUUCAACUUGCAGAAAGAGACAUGGGCAUCAUAGGCUUUGGGAAUAUCUUCGGAGAGCAGCAAAUAGGGGAUGUUGGAAAUGUUGGGAUUGAUCUUUUCUUUGAAAUGCUUUUGAGAGUCUGUCCAUGUACUGCAGUUCGCUACAAUAUCCUUAAACUCCCUACACAGGUAGAUGAACACCGUUUAGUCUCCAUCCCUUACCAUUCAGUGCAGUUUGAUCUCGAUUUGAACCACCAUCUCCCUUCUGAAUACAUAAAUCAUCUAGAGAAUCCCUUGGAAAUAAUAAAUGAAGCUGAGAAUGCUGCUCAAAGAGACAUCUGGAAUCUAGUUCUCUUUACUGGGGAUCUGCGACGCCAUUAUGGAAAAGAGCCUUACUCCAUGGAAAUUCUAUUGAAGAAGCUAUAUAUAAGAAGAAUGGCGGCAGUUUAG